AUGAUUGUAGGCUUUGUAGCUCACGUCUUCGCCGCUAUAUCGUCAGGUCCCAUUGUCAACAUAGCUGGCUACACUAUACUAGUAGCUCUCUUUGCUUCAGUCUUGUUAUCAGCUGGUUGUGGUCUUUUUAGUACCUUCUUAACUAGCACUCCGGUGGGCAAGUGGAUUGGGUACCAGAUUCUUUAUGGAGUUGGUCGUGGUCGUGGUCUUGGAAUUCAAAUGCCAAUCCUCUCGGUUCAAACCACGGUACCACCCAAACAAAUUCCCCUCGCCAUAGCUCUUGUCAUAUUCAGGCAAUCGUUUAGAGCAGCCUUAUUCCUCAGUCUUGGAGAAACUAUAUACAGCAAUAGUUUUGGAAAUCUCAUCCACGAAUAUACACCUUCGGUCACUGUUACAAAGAUCACUGAUGCUGGGGUCACUAUAUUUCGAAGUUUUGUUUCUGGAGCAUAUCUCGUGUAUUAA